CCCAUACACAAUACAUACUUACAUCGUAGGCAGGUAGCGUAGACAUCAUGUCUAUUCUAUCAUCCUUGUCCUGGUCCCUUUCAUUGUUCAUGCUUCAUCCUUUCUCCUAACCGCGAACUAUAUACACAUGUACCCAUCUACAGACGACUCCACCACGAACUAGACCAACACUCAACCUCUAACCAGCACAUUAUCAUCUUCAUCACGACCACAUCACGAAGAACAAUGGCUCACCCCUCUACAAAACCCUCCCAUCCCACUCCACCACCACAACAACAACCAACAGCACCAGACGCAGUACCAGAACCAAAAACACAUACACACAUCCCCAAACGCCUAAUCCUCUCCUACCUAAUCGACUGGAUCCUAAUCAUCGGAACCGCCCUAACCGGCUACGCCUUCUCCACCCUCCCCCCAAACCACCACCCCUUCUCCCUCACCGACGCCAACAUCUCCCUCCCGCACAAGAAAAAAGACACCGUCUCAACGGCCGUCCUAGCCGUCGUCUCCGUAAUAGCCCCAGCGAUAAUCAUCGCCUUCCUAUGGGAAUGGAAUGUAGGAUGGAUGGGGCUGGGGAUUGCAGUGGCGGGGACGUAUCUGGCGACGCAAGGGUUGAAGGAUCUGUAUGGGAAGCCGAGGCCGGAUCUGUUGGCGCGGUGUGAUCCGGAUGUUGCGGCGGUGGGGGGAUUUGCGGUGGGGGGGUUGGGGGGGAGGGUUGCGGGGGCGCCUACGAUGGUGACGUGGGAGGUUUGUCGGAAUCCGGGGGAUGAGGUGAGGAAGGAUGGGUUUGCGAGUUUUCCGAGUGGGCAUGCUUCUUUGUCAUUCGCGGGAUUGAUGUAUCUCGCUCUUUGGCUAUGCGCUAAGUUCUCUAUCGGAUUCCCGUUCCUGGCGUAUUCGCCCUUCAGCCAGGAUCUGCGCAGACAGGACCGUGGUAGCAUCCGGAAUCAGGGAGCCGCUCCGCCUGUCUAUAUGCUCAUCGUUGCCUUUGUGCCCAUUGCAGUGGCCUUUUUCAUAUCUGCAUCCCGGUGGUUCGAUUACCGGCAUCAUGGAUUUGAUAUCAUAUUCGGGUCCGUCAUGGGAAUGGUCUUUGCGUGGAUUGGCUUCCGACUGUAUCAGCUUCCCAUCAUGCGCGGGGCCGGCUGGGCAUGGGGAGCAAGGAGUCGCGAGCAUGCGUUCUUCAUGGGGGUCGGACUCCCAAGCCAUGUUGCUGCCGACAACUGGGCCACAGUGGGAGACAAAUCCGCUGCAGAGAAUAGAGCACGAGAUGUCGACCUCGAAAUGGCUCGACCAUACCGAAUGAAUGAUUAGAAUGGUACCGCGCGUUUUCAAACCUGAUGGAGUUGAGCGAUGGCGUUUGAAUCUACGUUAGUCUGUCUUUUCCCAUUCCCCGGAUAUUUCAGCGACAUGCAAAAACGUAGGGACGGCCAGUAUAAAACUGCAACCGUGAUAGCGACCUUCUAGUAAACGUCAGCAAUGCUCUGCAUGCACAAGUUACCAAACAAACCUAAAAUCAC